AUGGCUAGAGCGGUGACUCCCGGCAGCCGGCAGCCGUGGUUGGGAUUUGCAGCAUCGGUGCUGGUGCAGGUGGCUGGAGGGACGGGUUACACCUUCCCCCUCUACUCCCAUUCCCUCAAGAAGGCAAUGGGAUACAAGCAGCGUCAGAUCACCCUCCUCGGCGUCGCCAACGACUUCGGCGAGAACUUCGGCAUCAUCGCCGGCCUCCUAUGCAAUCGCUUUCCUCCCUGGUCCAUUCUCCUCGUCGGCGCCACUUGCUGCUUUCUUGGCUUCGGCGCCCUCUGGUCCGCUGUUAGCCUCACAUUUCCCAAUCUCCAUUACUGGCUGUUAUGGCUAGCACUAUGCAUAGCUACCAAUAGCAGCGCCUGGUUUGGCACAGGGGUGAUCGUCACCAACCUACGAAAUUUCCCACAUAGAAGAGGUACUGUCGCCGGCAUUCUCAAGGGUUAUGCUGGUCUUGGUGGUGCAGUAUACACUAUAUUGUACACCAGUGUACUCCAUGGUUCGUCAACAAAAUUGUUGUGGUUCAUGACUGUUGGGGUGCCUUUCGUAAGCCUCGCGACGAUGUUUUUUGUUAGGCCUUUCGUUCCACCUUUGGAAACUAACCACCCAUCGGAACAACGCCAUUUUAUGUUUAUCCAAAUAGCGAGCUUCUUUCUUGGCAUCUAUAUCCUUGUCUACACGAUCGUGGAUUAUCUUCUCCCAUUGUCUGACGCCGUCAUCUCUGUUUUGUUUGGAGUGAUGAUCCUUCUUCUCUUUGCCCCGCUUGCCAUCCCGAUAAAGAUGACUCUCUUUCCGAGCAGAACAGAGGACGACAACACAGAGGAAAACGAACCCUUGCUGGCUGCAUCAUCAUCAUCCAACGAUCCAGGCGACGCCCAGGAAAACGAUGAAGCUUUUGAUCUGAACGCACUUCUAGCCGAGGAGGAAAGUGGUACCAGGAGGAGAAGACCCAGGAGGGGAGAGAAUUUUGAAUUUCACCAAGCCUUGAUCAAAGCCGACUUUUGGCUUCUCUUUAUGGCAUACUUUCUUGGGGUUGGAUCAGGUGUCACCGUGCUUAAUAAUCUGGCUCAAAUUGGAGUCGCAGCUGGUCUUGAAGAUACGACUCUAUUGCUAUGUAUCUUCAGUUUUUGCAACUUUGUUGGUCGUAUUGGUGGUGGUUCAGCCUCAGAGUAUCUUGCUAGAUCAAGAUCGGUUUCUAGGACGAUUUGGAUGACUGCUACCCAAGCAAUCAUGGUUAUAGCAUUCCUUCUCUAUGCUUCAGAUAUCAAUGGCACGCUUUAUGUUUCCACUGGCAUGCUCGGUGUCGGCUACGGGGUGCAGUUCUCCGUCAUGCUUCCGACGGUUUCCGAGAUCUUCGGCCUGAAGCAUUUUGGACUUCUCUACAACUUUAUGUUGUUAGGAAAUCCACUCGGAGCGUUCUUGUUCUCAGGUCUUCUUGCUGGGUACCUUUAUGACAAGGAAGCUGCAAAGCAACUUCCAGAUUCGAGCACUUGUUUGGGGCCCAACUGCUUCCGGUCGACAUUCUUAUUUCUCGCUGGGAUGUGCACUUUGGGAAGUUUGCUGAGCUCAAUUCUAUCGACGAGAUUAACAUCAGUAUACCAGAAUCUGUAUGCUGCUGGAUCCCCUAGGACUCCUCGAGCUCCACUUCGCUGA